AUGACCGACGCCGUGGUGGGAGGCAGCUCCGACCGGUGGAUGUGCCCCAGCGACAGGACCAUGUCUCUCCGAGCCAGGCUCCCCCCCUCUGGCUGGACAGCACGGGGUGCUCAGCCCGAGCGGCAGCGCAAGGGUGAGGAGCUGACGGAUGAGGAGAAGGAGAUCAUCAACCGAGUCAUCGCCCGCGCCGAGAAGAUGGAGGAGAUGGAGCAGGAGCGCAUCGGGAGGCUGAUGACUCGGCUGGAGGACAUGCGCCGGAGCGUGUUGGGCGACGGCGUCAACCGCUGCAUCCUCUGCGGGGAGCAGCUGGGGCCCAGGGGAUCUGCCUGUGUCGUCUGUGAGGACUGCAAGAAGAAUGUCUGCACCAAGUGCGGGGUGGAGACCACCAACAGCAGGCCCCAUGCCAUCUGGCUCUGCAAGAUCUGCAGUGAGCAGAGGGAGGUGUGGAAACGCUCUGGUGCCUGGUUCUUCAAGGGUUUGCCCAAGCAAAUGCUGCCCCAGCAGAUGCCAGUCAGCAAGAACAAGGGACCCCAAGCCCCGAGUGAGCCCAUCCCGUCGGAGCCUCCUGCCCCAGACCCCAAACUUUCCUCCCGUGCAUCCCCUCGAGGCGAGGCAGACGCUGUGCCCCCAGCCGAGCUGGAUGCAGAGG